UUGUGUAUGGCCAUUACUCAAUGUGUUCCAUGAUAAGAACCACAUAUCAACACUUCAGAAUCUUGAAAAUAAUACGUUUGUUAUAUUAAAAGAUAAAUUCUCGAUUAUUAUCUUUCCGUAGCAAUGGCAUGCGCCUCCCCCUUCGACAAGGAAAAAUGUGUAUUUUAUUGCUGCCACUCGCAGUCACAGCUUAAGUGAGAGGAAGGGAGAAGGGAAGGGACAAAGUAGGAAAAAUAAGAAGAGUUUCAGACAGAAAUCUGUUCAGUGAAAAUACAGCUGAAGGGGAGUAAUGUAAACGACAUAAGAGAAUGAAAGGAAGUGUGACGCACUCAUCAUCUGCGCCGAAGGAAGUUCAACAUUUCCAGGAAGUUUAAGCUAAAUGUUGAAACUAACUCCAUGGCGUCGCAUUACCCUGCAGUUUCAUGCUCCGUGGCAACACAAGGUCCCUACACAGAGCGGGUUUUUGAGAAUGAAGAGAAUCGCAUUCAUCACCGUUUAAUUCAACUUGCUUUGGUGCCAUCCCUGAAACCUCUUAAGUAUAUAGUGAAGGAAAUGGUAAAAGGGAAAAAUCCAAAUGAAAAUCUCAUUGACUACUUUGGCAGAAUAAAUCCUAAAACUGUAAAAUUCAAUAAAACUCAGAAGGAUAUUAUUUUGUCUGACCCUUCUUGCCAUUGCUAUGAUGUCACUCUCUGCUUUAAGAUAAUACAAGAAUACUGUGACAAAGUUAAAAACCCAAAUGAUCCAGCUUGGAUAACUCCAGGUGACACUUUGGAGUAUUAUAUAAAAGAGAUUAAGGACAGGAGAAAUGAUUUUAUACAUGAAAUUUACAUAGGUGACAUGGCGAAGUUUGACACGAUCGUUCAUGAAAUGAAAUGCCUCCUUAAAAAGACAUGGGAGAAAAUUGCUCAAACAUUUGGCAUUGACACUUCGAGGGAUGUCCUAGAUAUGGAAGCAGAUAUAAAGAAGAUUAAAGAGGCGCCUUUUGAAGACAUUCGUGUUUACUUGAGUGAAUUGAAAUCCACAAUGAUCAGUGAUGGUGUUGCAAGCAUGAAAGAGAAUUAUGUUAACAAUCUUUCUUAUGUUCCAGAUGUACAUUUGCUAGAUGACAACUUAGGGACUCGUAGUCAGAUCAAGGUACUGGAAGUCUUCACAGAAAUGAAGGUAGUACAUGAAGAGGAGCGGGAGAAUAUAACCAUGGAUGAAUGGUUCAUCGAACUAGAGAAAAUGCAUGCUAGGCAAAAUAAAAGGAGUCGAUUCCUGCUCGUGGAAGGAGUGGCCGGCGUUGGCAAAACAACUCUCAUUCGGAAACUAGUGCUUGACUGGGCCUCUGGGAACAGUACAGUUAUCGGUCUGGAUGAUUUUCAACUACUAAUAUAUAUGCAGUUUAGAGAGAAGCAUAUUAAUUCCAUGUCCCUCUUGUGUACUUCUGUUAUGCCAUACUUUCGGGGAAAAGUGGAUCCCGAAUAUCUCAUGAUGUUAACUGAAGGUAAUACCAUCAUAUUCGUUUGUGAUGGUCUUGAUGAAAACAAUCCUCAGUCAAUGCAACUGUUCAAAGAGAUUCUCGAUUAUGGAGCGAAAACCCCACUGACUGUAGUGUGUACCACACGCCCAAACGAAAUUAAGAAUCUGAAGUUAAUGUUGCCUGCUCAGUUCUCUUACUUACGCCUUCAAGUAUUGGGAAUUCCUGAAGAACAUAGGCCCGAUUUCAUUAAAAAUUAUUUAGAAGCCCAAAGGCCAGGUGCAGAUCCUCAGACUUUACUUGAUUACAUGAACAGAACAUCUACUCGUAUGCAAGAACACUUCAGAUUUCCUUAUAACCUCAUGUGCCUUGUAAUGCUUUGGAUCCUUAAACCAGAAAUGAUCAACAGCUUGACGACCGCGACAGAGUUGUUCAUAGUAACACUUCAUGAAACGCAAAAAAAGCUAAAAAGCAGGCAACUUGCAAAGGGUGCACAGUUGAGUGAAUUAACCGAAAGCAUAGAUAAUGUUAUGGAGAUACUUUAUGACAUAGCUCUUAUUCAUCAUGGAUCAGGUGACAUUAUUCUGACAGAAGAUUCAUUGCAAUCACUAAAGAACGAAUGUUCUCAUCUAAAACUCGCUUGGGAAGAAAUUAGUAGUGCAUUCUUUAUUCAAAAUAUUUCCUGGUUAGAUAAUAUAGAAUCAUACAGCUUCCCACACAACGGUCAGCAGGACUUUUAUGCAGCUAUGAGCAUCUUAAAGAAAAUUGAGGAUCAAAUACCUAACAAGAAGAAAACAAUAACAGAUGUAAGGACGGCUCUUGUACGUAAUCACUGCUCCAUAAAUCAAAUCAGUUUCAUUCUUGGAAAAGUGAAUGAUAUACUGGACUCCCCUAUGCCAACCAGAAGCCUCGUCAGUGUCUUUCAAGAAAUAGCAACAGAAGCUUCGCCAGAUAUUGGAACUGAUCACCUCAUCAGAAGAUCACAGAAUAUUCUCACACACCUUGCUGGUAUUCUCCACUACAGAGGUGAAGCCUUCACAGAGGAGAGAGCGAAAGAGCUAUUUAGGCUGCUUGAGAAGUCAGGAAUUCAAGAUACGGACCAGUGGAUGGAUCUCUUGGAGCUGACCAAAUGUGAUGAAACACUUUGUAGCCUGAUAGCCCAGCAAAUUUCCAUCGGAAAAAGUAUAAUGGUCACAGAUUCCCGCACAGGAGCUUAUGCAUCUUUAAUACCCCAUAUUAAUAAGAAUAAGCUAAAUAUACAUAUACAUAUCAAAUGUGAUCCUAAGCAAGUUUUACAUCUAGAGGAACUUCUAAAGCGUGUCCAAGAGAAGCAAUGGAUGUUAAGAUUGCUCCUUCAUCAAGAGUUCAGGCAGCCGAAGCCCGGAGGAGGCAGCCUGGACGGGACUCUGAAACAACUAAGAUGUUCGAUGAUCAGGUUCCAAGGACAAAUGAGCCUGACGUUGUUGGAGACACUGCCCAAUACGCUACGAGAUCUGCGUUUAUCUGUGGCUAACAGUGAACAGUAUUCGGCUCUGUCCCUUUAUCUCUCAGCAGUGAAGAGUCAUCUUCCACUUUUGGCAAAUUUUAGAUUGCAUAUUCCUGCACGUGAAGUGGACGCGGAGUUACUUCAGGCACUACCGGAGAGUCUGAAGUUGGAGCUGAUAAUUAGCAAUGUCGAUGGCGACACGUUGGAAUGGGCGUGUCGAGCUGCUUCUGCGCUUCAACCCAAGGAGAGUCGAUAUCAUUUUCUGUCCCUGCCCGGUGCUGGAAGCAACGCAUUGGUGUGUGACCGCCUGCUGGAGGGCCUCGUCCGCGACGGCGUGCGGAUGGACAAGGACGCCCUUGUUGUGGUUUCCCCCAAAUUGGCGCAGCGAGACGCGGGUCGGUUGGGUGAGAGCUUCAUGGCUCGGCUCGGGUGUCGGUUUCGAUCCUGGACAGAGGAUAACAUCUGGACGUACUCCUAGCGCCACUCCAGUCUUGGCUCAGAGCUCAUGCUGCAUGUCUAAUGGACACGUUCUUUCUGAGAAAAGAGGGAAAUCCAAAACCAAAGAUAAAAGAAAUAAACUUACUGAUUAACAUUAAA